CCUUCUUCGUGCUCGCUCUUGGUCAGGCCAUAAACCCUUCAAAUCCCCUUUCUUUCUCUCCCUCUCUCCCUCGCUCUCUGCUCGGUCAAUUCAGUCCGAUCUCUGUCUCCGAUCGCGUCUCUGCGAGGGAGGUUCAGCGGAGCAAAAUGAGCAGCUGGAAGAGCCUCCUCCUUCGAAUCGGCGACAAGUGCCCCGAGUACAACAGCUCCGAUCCCAAAGAACACAUCGAGACGUGCUACGGUGCUCUUCGGAGAGAGUUGGAUCAUUCUGGGAGCGACAUUCUUCCCUUUCUUCUACAAUGUGCCGAGCAGUUGCCACACAAGAUUCCUUUCUAUGGUACCGUGGUUGGUUUGCUGAACUUGGCAAAUGAGGACUUCGUCAAAAAAUUAGUUGAUAAUACCCACACCAAUUUUCAGGAUGCUUUGGAUUCAGAAGAUUGUAAUAGAAUCCGUAUAUUGAUGCGGUUUCUGACUGUUAUUAUGUGUAGUAAAGUCCUACAACCAAGUUCGAUCGUAGUGGUUUUUGAGACUUUAUUGUCAUCAGCUGCAACUACUGUGGAUGAGGAGAAAGGGAACCCCUCUUGGCAGGCACGUGCUGACUUCUAUAUAACUUGUAUCUUAUCCUGCCUACCAUGGGGAGGCGCGGAGCUCAUUGAGCAAGUGCCCGAGGAGAUUGAGAGAGUCAUGGUUGGAAUAGAAGCUUAUAUGAGCAUUAGAAAGCAUGUAUCCGAUGAUGGCUUAGUAUUUUUUGAGGAUGAAGAUGAGAAUGAGGAAGGGCUCAAGGAAAAGGAUUUCUUGGAGGAUUUGUGGGAACGUAUUCAAAUUCUUUCCAACAAUGGAUGGAAACUGAACAGUGUUCCAAGACCUCACCUCUCAUUUGAAGCUCAGCUUGUUGCUGGAAAGUCUCAUGAUUUUGGCCCUGUCAGCUGUCCCCCACAACCUGAUCUGCCUUCAACACUUUCUGUGAUCACUUAUGGGAAACAGAAACAUGAUGCGGAAUUGAUGUAUCCUCAAAGAAUCCGGAGGCUUAAUAUUUUCCCCGACGACAAAACUGAGGAUCUUCAACCAAUAGAUCGCUUUGUUGUGGAAGAAUAUCUGCUGGAUGUGUUGUUCUACUUUAAUGGAUGUCGAAAGGAAUGUGCUUUGUACAUGGUUGGUCUGCCUGUUCCCUUCAGAUACGAGUAUCUUAUGGCAGAGACAAUAUUCUCGCAGUUACUUUUGCUGCCACACCCCCCUUUCAAGCCAAUAUAUUACACACUGGUCAUAAUUGACCUUUGUAAGGCUCUUCCUGGAGCCUUCCCCGCAGUAGUAGCAGGUGCAGUUCGUGCUCUGUUUGAGAAAAUUGCUGAUUUGGAUAUGGAGUGCCGCAUGAGGCUCAUCCUUUGGUUUUCACACCACCUAUCCAACUUUCAAUUUAUAUGGCCUUGGGAGGAGUGGGCUUAUGUCUUGGAUCUUCCAAAAUGGGCACCCCAACGUGUCUUCGUUCAGGAGGUUUUGGAGAGAGAGAUCCGUUUGUCAUACUGGGAGAAAGUUAAGCAGAGUGUUGAGAAUGCGCCUGGAUUAGAAGAGCUGCUUCCUCCCAAGGGAGGUACAAACUUCAAAUAUGGCAUUGAUGAUGGCAGCGAACAAACUGAAGAGCAAAGGCUCUCUGCAGAACUCAGCAAAAUGGUAAAAGGUAGGCAAACUGCACGUGAAUUGAUCUCAUGGAUCGAAGAAAGUGUUUAUCCAGUUCAUGGUUUGGAGUCUACUCUCCAAUUGGUGGUGCAAACUCUUCUCGACAUUGGCUCUAAAAGUUUCACUCAUUUGAUUACCAUCCUUGAGAGAUAUGGCCAAGUCAUUGCAAAAAUUUGCCCUGAUGAAGAAAGACAAGUGAUGUUGAUAGAGGAAUUGAGCUCGUACUGGAAGAACAAUCCUCAAAUGAGGGCUAUCACUAUUGAUCGAAUGAUGGGUUACCGACUAAUAUCAAAUUUGGCGAUUGCGAGAUGGGUUUUCUCUCCUGUCAACAUCGAUCAGUUUCAUACAUCAGAUCUUCCAUGGGAGAUUCUCAGGAAUGCAGUUAGCAAGACAUAUAAUCGUAUAGUGGAUCUAAGGAAAGAGAUUUUAUCUCUUAAAAAAGAUGUCAUGUCUGCUGAGGAAGCAAGCGCAAAAGCGAGAGCAGAUCUUGAGGGUGCUGAACAGAAGCUCAUGCUUGUGGAUGGUGAACCCACCGUUGGCGAAAAUCCUGUGAGGAUGAAACGCUUGAAAUCAUAUGCGGAAAAGGCAAAAGAGAAGGAAGUAUCUAUUCGUGAAAAUUUAGAGGUGAAAGAGGCUCUUCUCGGGCGUGCCUAUAAUGAAAAUGAGGCGUUGUUCCUAGCUUUAUACACAAAGUUGUCAAGUGUGUUGAAGGAACGUCUUCCAGAACCAUCUAAAGCUAGAACUUUGAGGGAACUCAAGUCUAUUAAUGCAGACGAAACAGCUGUUGAGCUCGAGGAACCUUCAGCCAUGGAAAUGGAUGAUGAGAAUGGAAGAGCUAAAGAAAGUCAUUCAAAUGGUGAGAAGGCGAGCGAUGUCUACAAAGUCGGUGAAGAGGCACAGUGGUGUAUAUCCACUUUGGGUUAUGUCAAGGCCUUCUCUAGGCAAUAUGCUUCCGAGAUAUGGCCGCUCUUGGAGAAGCUGGAAGCAGAAGUAUUGACAGGAGAUGUACAUCCGCUUUUCAGAAAAGCGGUCUAUUCCGGUUUGCGUCGUUCGGUGAGUGGGUAUUCAUCUGGUUGACGGAUGCUGUCUUAUAGUAGUAGCCUCUAAAAGCAUC